AAUUGUCGGUCCUGAAGUCCUCCGGGAGCGCAGCCUGCGCCUGCGAGCUGCUCCCCCCUGCUCCCGGUCGUGGUGCGGGCCCAAGCAGCGACACAUUCAACACACGCACCUCCUGCACCAAAUAUUACUACACAUUAACCAUGGCCCCUGCGGCGGCCAUGCUCUGCCUGCGGCUGGGCCUCGCCGCGGGGCUGGCAGGCCGCGUGGCGGCGGUCGUGCGGGGCGCUGGCCGCCGCCACGGCGCUGGGCUGGUGGACGGCACGCUCGCCCUGCAGGUGGAGUGGCGCAGGGGCGAGGGCGGCGAGGUCGCGCCGAUGAGCCGCCGGGAGGCGCUGGCGCAGACGCCGGCUCCUACGCGAGCACGAUCUACACCCUGCCUCGCAGUGACGGCGAGGACGCGGGGGUUGCGCGCCAGUGGUCGCUCGUGCUGGCGGACGAUGUCACCAUUGACGAGCUAGCGCUCAUCAGCGGGGAGUUCCCCGACGGGCAGCACACCACGCCGAGCAGAGGCCAGAUACCGCUCGUAGCGGGGAGCCUGACGGAAGAGGCACUCGAUGCGGUGCUGGAGAAGUACCCGGGGCGUGUGCGGUUCGUCGAAGAGGACCAGUACCAGUUGAAAGUUCAAGACGGCUUGUCCAGUACACCGAGGUCCAGUACGUGGCCAGCGCGCAAGGCCGAAACGCUGGCCUACCCAUGGGGCAUCCAGUAUGUGGAGGCGGACGAGUGCCGGGGCAAGGGCAAGGGGGUGCACGUGUACGUAUUGGACACUGGCAUCCGCAUAACACACAGCGAGUUCGGUGGCCGGGCCUUCGCCGGAGUCGACGUGGCCGCCUCGGGGACGUAUCCGGGCACGCUCACGGUGUGCUCGCCCUUCAGCAACACGUGCGCUGCAGACGCGCACGGGCACGGUAGCCACUGCGCGGGCACGGUGGGGGCCUCGACGUAUGGCGUCGCAGAUGGAGCGUCCAUUUGGGCAAUGAAAGUCCUCGAUAAUUCUGGCUCUGGCUGGACCACAUGGUCUAUACUAGCCGAGCAGUGGAUUCUAGCGUCUGGGAACAGACCAGCAGUUGUCAGCAUCAGUAUCCAGGCCAACUACAACAGCUACGCGGAGCAGGCCUCGAUCGAUAGCUUGGUAGCUGUUGGCGUGACCGUGGUGGUAGCUGCUGGGAACUACAACCAAGACGCGUGCAAGUGGAACCCGGCUUGGAUCCCGUCUGCGAUCACAGUAGCAGCUUUUGGUGGCACUUCGGGGAACUCAUGGGACAGGUCUGGUUACAGCAACUGGGGUUCUUGCAUCGACACCUAUGCACCAGGCACGAACAUCCUCUCGACGGGCCCAUGGAGCGACACCCACACUUACUCUAACUCGGGCACCUCCAUGGCCUGCCCACACGUCUCUGGACUGGCAGCCAGGAUGUACGAGGCGUAUCCAACAGCGGGGUCCCUGUCCGCUGCGGCGAGGUGGUCCCUCCUGACGGCCACGAGCUGCUUUGGUUGUGUCACCAAUGACGCGACCCCCAUACCCACUGUCAACUUGGUGAUCAAGGCCCUCAGCUGCAACGCCUCAGACCUCACUGCCACACCUACAGCCUCGCCAACGCGCUCACCUACGCUAUUGCCGACCGUAUCGCCAACACCCUCACCUACCACCGCCCCGACAGCUGACAAAACGAGGAAUCCGACACCUGCGCCCACGGACGAGGAACACGCGACAGACGACCCGCACUUGGUCAGCCUCAGCGGCCAGAAGUUCGACGUCAACAUGCCCGGCAGCUACGUGCUGAUCAGGGCCCCCGAGGACCAGCGGCGCCCCGCCAAGCUCCAGCUGAACGCCUCCGUCCGCCCCUUCGCGGGCAGCCCCUGCGGCCUCUACAUCCAGGGCGUGGAGCUGAGCGGCGAGUGGCUGGGCGACCAGGUGGUGCGCGUCGUGCCGCUCCGGCGCGACGUCGAAGGGUCGAACGGCGCUGGCAACAGCACGCUCCGCCCCUUCUCCGUGCGGGUCCAGUCCCGGCGUGGCGACGAGAGCACGCCAGCGGGCGAGUACCAGCAGUGGAAGGGCCUCCGAAGGGAGGGCAGUGGCCUCUCGGGGCGCGUCCGCCUCGUGCCCGUGUGGAGGCAUGUGUACGCCGACGCCGGCAGGGCACAGGAGGCAGAGGCCUUCCAGUUCCGCAUCCGGGGCGCCGGCGCCGGGUACGACGCCACGUUGGAGGUAUCGCAGGCGGCCCACCAGGCGCUCAACUUCCGGGCGACGAACCUCCGGAGCCUCGGCUUCGCAGAGCUGGGCGGGCUGCUCGGCACGGAGGCGCACGACCCGACGGUGGAGCACGUCUCGGACAUGUGCAGGGCGUUCCGCUCGAAGCCGUCCAGGUUGGCGCGCCGGAACAGGGGAGCGUUGGAGGAGCUGGGAGGCCCGUCUAUGGCCGCCUCCUGGGCCUGAGGAGCCCUCGGCUCCGAGGAGUUCCGUUGCCACGGGCGCGCGGGGGGCGGUUCCUGAUCCCCCGUGACCAGUCGUCGAUGCCAUCAUGAUUCCAGAUGACAGGUUCAAAAUUCUUGAACACAUGCGCGCGCAGUUCCUUUG